CGCGGCCAUGGCGCUCAACAAUUUCCUCCUGGCGCAGUGCGUGUGCUACUUCCUGGCCUUCCUCUUCAGCUUCGUGGUGGUGGUGCCGCUGUCCGAGAACGGGCACGACUUCCGCGGCCGCUGCCUGCUCUUCACCGAGGGCAUGUGGCUGAGCGCCAACCUGACGGUGCAGGAGCGCGAGCGCUUCACCGUGCACGAGUGGGGCCCGCCGGCCGCCUGCCGCUUCAGCCUGCUCGCCAGCCUCCUGUCGCUGCUGCUGGCCGCCGCGCACGCCUGGCGCACGCUCUUCUUCCUCUGCAAGGGCCACGGGGACUCCUUUUUCUACGCCUUCCUGAACCUGCUGGUCAGCGCCCUCGUGGUCUUCUUGGUUUUCAUCGCCAGCACCAUCGUGAGCGUGGGCUUCACCAUGUGGUGUGAUGCCAUCACUGAGAAGGGCACCACACCGCACAGCUGUGAAGAGCUUCAGGACAUCGACUUAGAGCUGAAUGUGGACAACUCUGCCUUCUAUGACCAGUACACCAUCGCCCAGUUUGGCCUCUGGGCCUCGUGGCUGGCCUGGCUAGCCAUCACUGUGCUGGCCUUCCUCAAAGUCUACCACAACUACCGUCAGGAGGAUCUGCUCGACAGCCUGGUCCACGAGAAGGAGCUGCUACUGGGCCGGCCUGGGUCCCGCACCUGCCAGGAAGACAAGAGCGCCGUCAUCUAG